AUGGAAAAAGUGAAGCGAUUGCUCAACGAGUUUCCGCUUCCUUUUUCAUGCAUUUCAAUGCCGAAAUCUGAUGGACAUGCAAGAUUAAAUGAAAACAACCAACGAUUCUGUCCAUAUUACGUUGCAAGUGAUCUUCAAUUUGAAUGUUUAAAGAAAUGUGGUUUCAUUCCAACAAUGUCUACAACAAACACGAAUAUUAUAGCUGGUCGUUUACUAAAUGAAGAAUCAUUUAAAGCUUUAAAACCAUGGCAAAAAGUAAAUCAUUUCUUUUCUGUUGAUUUAAUUGGUAGAAAAGACGAAUUUCAUCAAAGAAUGCUUGAAUUACGUGACAGAAUUGGCAAUGAUGAGACUCAAUUUUAUCAAGAAUCAUAUCUUUUACCAGAUGAUUUUGAAAAAAUCAUGACAGCGUGGUCAACAUCUCCAAUGUGGAUAUUAAAGCCACGUGCAUCAUCAAAAGGACAGAAUAUUGAAAUCAGAGACUCAAAAGAACAAUCAUAUCCUCCAUAUCCUUAUUUAGUUCAAAAAUAUUUAGACAGACCAUUCUUAAUACUAAGACGAAAAUUCGAUAUUCGAUUUUAUACGCUUGUUACAGGUGUCGAACCUCUUAGAAUUUACAUUCAUCGCCACGGAUUAGGAUUAUUUUGUACAACAAAGUAUGAUAAAUCUGCAGGAGUUAAAGAUCCUCGUAUGCACAUUACUAAUUGGGAAGUAAACAAGGAUUCCAAAGCUUUUGUUCGUGCCCACGGAAUCGAAGAAACCGAGGAAGAUUCAAAAUGGUCACUUCCCUUCUUUUUCAAUUGGCUUUCAAAAAACGGCUAUAAUUCUGAUGAAAUAAAGAAACACAUGGAAUACGCAGCUGUCAAAGCUACUAUUGCAGGUAUGGAUAAAGUAAGAGAGAGCCAUAUCAAAGUGAUAAAAGAUAGACAUCAAUCAUUUGAGUUGUUGGGAAUUGACAUGUUAUUGGAUGAAAAUUUGAAUCCUUAUGUUGUUGAAAUAAACGUAAGUCCUGGUAUGUCAGGAACCGAUUCUGAGCUUGAUAAAUGGAUGAAAACUGAAGUAUUAAUGGAUACUUAUAACAUGGCAAAGAUUGUUGAUUGUGAUCCUUAUAAAGAAUGCAAAGAUGUUGAAAGAAUUCAUGAAAUUGAAAGAAAUUCUGUAUCAAAGAAAAGAAGAGAAAAUGUUGAGAAAGGAUCUGUGAAUCCUUGGGAUGAUCCUGUAUUUAUGGAUGUUGAGAUUGUAAGAGAAUAUGUUGAUGAAUUGGAAAGAUGUCGUGGAUAUCAUUGCGUUUAUCCUCUGAAAGAAAAUGUUUUGAAAUACAAAAAUUGUUUCUCAAAAAAUAUUUAUGAAGAUAUUGUUUUGAGAAAUUGGGUUUUAAUGAAUGAUACUGAAAAAGAAGCUGCUAUGGGAAGAGCUCUUGUAAGUUAUAAUCAUUUCUUAAAUGAAACUACUCAAUCUAAUUACUGUUCUAUUUGUUAA